UGUCAUGCCUUGCAGCAGGCUGCAUGUGGAGAGAAAUGUAUUCCUUUCAUGUGGCUCUGUAAUGGAGAACAAGAGUGCCCAGAUGGGAGUGAUGAGCACUGUGAAGCAGCAUGUCGUGGUGACCCAAACACCUGGCAGUGUGACAAUGGAAGGUGCAUUUCUAGUACCUGGCUCUGUGAUGGUACCAGUGACUGCCUAGAUGGCUCAGAUGAGAGAAACUGUGUCUGUGGAGACAGAAAAGUUCCAUGUUGGGGGAGUUCUCAAUGUAUUGAUCCUUGGGAAAUCUGUGACCUCCACGAAGAUUGUGAAGAUGGUUCAGAUGAAGCAAACUGUCCCCAGAACCGCUGUCUACCAGGACAAUGGCAAUGUAAGAACAAAGUAUGCAUUAUGGAAGACUGGAAGUGUAAUGGCAUCAACAACUGUGGAGAUUCUUCAGAUGAAGAAGUCUGUGCCCACUGCCCAGAAGGCAUGAUCCAGUGUGAUGAAGGGAAAUGCAUCCUGGAGUCGCUAAUGUGCAACAAGGCAGAAGACUGUCUAGAUGGAACUGACGAGCUCAGUACUUGUGGCAAAAACUGCUCUCUGAACAACGGCAGCUGCAUGGAGAAAUGCACAGAUACCAACUGGGGCGUGAGGUGUUCUUGUGGUGCUGGCUGGGAGCUCCAGGCUGAUGGACAGAACUGUACUGAUGUGGAUGAAUGUUCCCUUGUGUAUAGUCCCUGUAGCCAGCUGUGUAAGAACACACUAGGUUCUUUUACUUGUGACUGUGUAAAGGGGUACCAGCUUCACUCUGGCACUAUCUGUGAAGUUGCUGACAACGCUACACAAAUCUUGCUAGCAAGUGGCCCUGACCUUGUUCUUCUGGAUGUGAGAACUCGCACCCACCAGAGCCUGAUCUCCACAAACACCACGCCUGGAGCGAUUGCUUAUGAUCUGCUGAGGGGAGCUUACUACUGGGUAGAUGAAGGCAAAAGUCUGCAUGUCUAUAUGCCUGGGAAGGGCAACACAUUACUCUACCCAGAUGUCCAAGGUGUGAACAGCAUAUCUGUAGACUGGUUCACAGGGCAGCUCUACUGGGCCAGCAACCAUCCCCAGACCAUCUGUGUUGGUCUAAAUGAUGGCUGGGGGUACGUAAAGGUGCUAGAAAAGAACUUGGUACCUGAGCAGCUAAGUGUGUAUCCAGCAAAAAGGUACAUGUACUGGGUGAACCGUGGUGAGAAGGGCAGGACCGUGAUCGAAGCCGCAGGGAUGGAUGGCUCUGACAGACAAGUGCUUGCUGUUGUCCCCAUGGAAGAACCUUUGGGGCUGACUCUGGAUUCCAUAACUGGCCGACUGUACUGGAUCAGCGAGUAUAAGGAGUCCAUAGAAACUAUAAAGGUGGAUGGCAGUGGGCGAUAUUCCUUUCCAGAGAUGCUACUGAAAGAUCAGGACCCUCUGGGACUAGUGGUGUUUGAGAACUGGUUCUUCUGGUCAGACCAAGAAAAACUCCUCUCUGCUUCCCGCAGCUCACCAGGGGAGAAAGUGGUGCUGUUGAACGGCACCAUCUCUGCAUUCACUGUGCUGCAUGAACUCCAACAGCCUCCAAGGAACACAACUGCAUGUGCUCCAGGACUGUGUAGUCACAUCUGCCUCUUGUCACCUGUCCAUCCGAAGGGCUAUAAGUGUGCUUGCCCAGAGGGCACUUUCCUUCUGCCUUCUGGCAAGUGUGCAGAGCUGACCCUCCUGUAUUCGACUGACAAAAAGAUCUACUUACUGCAAGUGGGCCCGAAGGGUUCGGCUCUAAAGAGCACCCUGGUGCUGGAGUGGCCACAGAACAUCCACCUGCAGGAUGUUGACUGGAAAAGAGACUUCCUCUACUGGACAGAUGAUGAAGGGGACCUGAUGCGCUUCACUGGACAGCCACGAAGGAAAGAAGCCAUCCAAACCGGGCUGCCAGUUUGCUCAGCCACUGUUGAUAUCCCCUCUGGCGACCUCUAUUGGCUGACAUGUGACAGAACUGACAUCCGUGUUACCCGAUUCAUUGGCAUGGCAACCAGUGUGCUCUACCAUUCCAAGAGUGUCAUAACACACAAGUUUCUAGACUGGCAGAGAGCAACCCUCUAUUGGCUUGAGAAUGGAAAACCCCUCCAGCAGAUGAACCUGGCUGGAGGUGAUGUGCAUGAUGCCUGGAAUGAAACCUGGUCAGGAGACAUUCAGAUAGCUCUGGACACAAAGUCCUUCAGCAUCCUCUGGAGUUCAAAAGACCUGGGCCUGCAGGUUCUGAGUCUUGCUAAGCAUCGAAAAGACACUCUGAAGACAAGCUGGACAUAUGGGAUAGCAGCCGCCUAUGAACCCUACCUGGUGUCCAUCAACAAGACCACUCUCCUGCUAUGGGACAGAACAAUGGAGCCAGUUUCCACUGUGGAAGAAGCCAAUAUACAGAAAGUAGUGGCAUUCUUGGCCAUGCCACUGGAGACAGUUCCAGAGCCAGUGACUCUUCCACCACCUGCAGCCAGAACCACCAUUCUCCCAGUGGCUAAGGAGACAACAGCAGUGCUGCCUCUGUCUUGUCCCCGCACCUGGAUUCCCUGCCGAGAUGGGUCUGAGUGCAUCGCCCAUGAGUACCUGUGUGAUGGGGAGAGAGACUGUAAGGAUGGCUCUGAUGAAGAAGACUGUUCUCAAUUGUGUGACACUCCAGGAGCCUUUAAGUGUCUGAGUGGGAACAAGUGCAUCGAGGAGAAGAAUCACUGUGAUGGCGUGCAGCAAUGUCCAGAUGGCUCAGACGAGCUCGGCUGCUGGAAGCCAACCCAAGACUGUGCUCUACGCUGUGACGGCAACAUGCGCUGCAUCCCAGAGAGCUGGCUAUGCGAUGGCAACCCAGACUGCCUUGACGAAGCAGAUGAGCAGGGCUGCGUUCGUGAAGAGUGCAGCAAAUCUGAAUUCCAGUGCAAGAGUGGCCAAUGCAUCUCUUACUCCCUGCGCUGUGAUGGGGACAAUGACUGCAAGGAUCACUCUGAUGAGGAGGACUGUGCAGUCCCCAAACCACUGCUGUGCCGCCUGGGGGAAGUGAAGUGCCCCAGAAGUGGGGAGUGUGUGCUGAAGGACUGGCUCUGUGAUGAGGAUAUAGACUGCAAGGAUGGAACCGAUGAGCAGGACUGUGAGCAUGAGAAACUCCACUGCAGUGCAAUGCAGUGGUCCUGCAGCAGUGGAGACCAGUGUGUUCCAGACAUCUGGCGCUGUGAUGGGGAAAGAGACUGCAGAGAUGGCAGUGAUGAAACAGGAUGUGAGCCUAGGAAGUGCCAGAGCCAUGAAUUCCAGUGUGGGACUCAUGACUGUCUCAACUACACCCUGGUCUGUAAUGGCAAGAAGGACUGUACAGAUGGGUCAGAUGAAGGUGGAAAGUGUCUGUCUCCCUGUGGGAAGCCCUGUUCUCAGAUCUGCUACCAGUCACCUGAUGGACCUAGGUGUGCUUGCCAAUGGGGAUUCAAACUGAGCAGCAACCGAGUCUCCUGCACAGACCUCAAUGAGUGCAAAGAGCAAGAGCCAUGCAGUCAGACCUGUGUCAAUACAAACGGCACCUACAGCUGUGCCUGUCACCCAGGCUACCUGCUGGAACCAGACGCCCACACAUGUAAAGUGACUGGGUCAGAGCCAACAUUGCUGGUAGCAAUCCAGUCUGAGCUAUUGCUUUACGGGCUGAGGAGUCUGAAAGAGGAUGUCCUGACAACAACUGACAAGAACCUGAUCAUCUUCUCUAUUGACUACGACUUGGUGGAGCAGAAGGUCUUUUGGAUGGAUCUCAAUGCAGAAAGUAUCAAGUGGAUAACCAUGAACACCAAGAAGAAAGGAACACUUGUGAAAGGCAUCAAGUCUGACUGCAUUGCAGUGGACUGGAUUGGGAGGAAUCUCUACUGGACAGAUGGGACCGCAGGAGAGCUGCUGGCCACUUGCCUGAAUGCCACUUGGAGAGGCAACCCAGAGUACACCGUGGUUCUGGAUGGAGACUUAGAUCAGCCUCGCUCACUGGCUCUGCAACCACUGCAAGGCUUAAUGUACUGGUCUGAAAUAGGGGACAAACCUCAAAUAGAGCAAGCUGGCAUGGAUGGGAGCAACAGGAAAGUCCUCAUUGACGAAGGGCUGGGCUGGCCGACUGGCAUAGCACUCGACCUCCUGAGCUGGAAAAUCUUCUGGUCAGAUGAUAAGCUUCACUGCAUUGGCUCUGCCAACCUGGAUGGCACUGGCAUGAAGGUGUUCCAACUGAGCCAGAUCAAGAGCCCUUUCUCGGUAGCCGUGUUUGAGGAUGGUACCUACUGGUCUGAGAUGAAAACCAGGACUGUGCAGAAAGUGGACAAAAAGACUGGCAAGAACCGGACUGUGCUGAUCAAGCGCCACGGGCAGCCCUAUGGCCUGAAGAUCAUGCAUGAAGUGCUACAACCAAUGGCCUCUAACCCUUGUCGGGAACUUGGCUGCUCCCACUUAUGUCUCCUGAACCCAAACCACAAAGGAAGCUGUCGCUGUCCAAUCGGAGAAGUGCUUGCUGAUGAGAAGAACUGCAUUCCUCUUAAGGAUUCAGCAUUCAUGUUCCUGGUUGCCCCAACAGUGAUUACUCAGGUAUAUCUGAAAAAGCUGUCCCCUGCAGCCAGGGGGGAAACUCUUCCUGAGCACAGAGUUUUCCCUCUUACCAAUGUGGAUUACUUGACAGCAAUAGACUAUUCAGUGCGGGAUAAGUCCCUCUACUUUGCUGAUCGGGAAGAUGGCUACAUCAGGCUGUUGAGAAUCAAGGAUUCUGGCAAGCUGUCCUGGAAGAGAGUGGUGUCAGUGGGGGGCACUGUGGUAUCUCUAGCUCUCGACUGGCUGAGUGGCAACAUCUACUGGAUUGACAGCCAGAAUCCAGACAUUCGAGUUGCAACUUCAAACGGCCGCUAUGCUCUUGUGCUGAUCAGCGAGAAGCUCUAUCACACUGUCUCUGUUGUGCUGCACCCACCUACUAGCAUGAUGUGCUUUGCUGACUUGGGUAUGGAGAACCAUAGUGCUGGCCCAAAGAUUGAGUGUGCUUCCAUGGAUGGCAGUAGAAGGAAAGUGCUCUGGAGGAAAUCCCAAAUGCCAGUUGGCUUAACUUUUGGAGAUUUUGGCACUCGGCUCUACUGGGCUGACCACAUGAAAGGUGUCGUUGAAAGCAUUCAGCUGGAUGGUUCCAGGUUCAGGCUAAUUCGGGGAGGGCUGCAUGGCCUCAUGCUCUUUGCGGCUGGUGAAGGGAUGAUGGUCUGGACAACCCCAACCCGCAAUGGCUCAACUAGAGUGUGGCAUAGCAAACUGGAACUUAUGGAAAACUGGUGGUUUCAAGUGGACCAGAAGAUUGUGGACUUAAAAAUCUACAGCAAGUUCACCCAACAAGGCAGUAACGGCUGUUCGGAGAACAAUGGGGGGUGCAGCCAGUUCUGCUUGCCAAACCAUCAGGGAAGGGUCUGCAAAUGCACCGUCGGGUACCAUCUGGAGGAUGGUACUGAAUGUACUAGAGCUGUGACGUGCCCUGAACCACUUGAAGCCUGCAAAGAUCAUCUGAAAUGCUUUACCAGGGAGCAAGCUUGUGAUGGCCACAACGACUGCUUGGAUGGAUCUGAUGAGCUGGCUUGCAACUACCUGGACAGAAAGAAACCCAGGUCUACAACCGCCCCAACUCCAGCAAAGCCAGGCUUCAGAAAGGAAGAGGAAGUGGUAGCACCAACACGUGUCCAGACAACCACCAAAAGACCUAUCACUGGAACCCAAUACCCGUAUCCAAAAGGGACAAAAUACCCCAGAAGAAAAACCCCAGCUAUACAGACCCCUCCCCCAUACAGAGAAAGCAGGACCACUGUAUCUAGUAUGUGGGAAUAUAAAGAAGAACCUUCCCCAUCACCUGAGAGCGUUGAAAGUGGUCCAGAGCCCCAACCUUGCAGCAGUGAAACCUGUAACAUGAGAGGGGACUGCACCAUUGAAGAGGACAGAGUGAAGUGUAGCUGCAUGUUGGGGUACAGUGGUGAUUACUGUGAAAAGACAGAAGUCACAUCUACCACUGGUCCCAUUAUCUUGGGCAUAGCUGUAGUCUUGCUAGUAGUCAUGGCAAUGGUGGGAGCUUUCCUCUACAUGAGGAGGCAACACACAAGAAAGAGGACCUCCAGUACAGCAUCCUCUAGGACUCUGACCAGCUACCACAAAGACAGUGACCUUGGGGAAGAAGAGAACCUCACAAACAAUGAGACCUUCAUCAAUGAAGCCUAUGACAGAGAACAGGAGCUGGUAACUCCUAUGAAGACAGAAUAACUUCAUGUUGGAAACUCAAAUUCUCUCAAUAAAGUAACAUUUGCAGAA